AGACGGGGUCCCGUUAGCUCAUUGUUAUUCUGCCCGAGUGACAGAGAGAGAGGCAGAGGGAGGCGGACACUGAGCGCGAGGCUGACUGCUCUGGGAGCUGCUUGUUCAGGGCGGGGGCUAUAGUCGGUGGUCGGUUUUUCUGCGGGCGUGAAGGCAUGUUGGUAAUCGGCUCAGUAAUGUGGAGAGGUACUGAACGGCACCAAAUAUCUGACCCCGAUUCCUGGGAGUAAAGAGAGGCAGAAAGAGGGAGGAAGUGUGUGUGUGUGAAAGAGAGAGAGGGGGGAGAAAAAAGAAGAGAGAGAGAGAGGGCCAUGUGAAAAAGGGGUGGAGGGGAGCUGAGAUUUAGUGCUCUGCUGGAUGAGACAACCCCCCACUAACUAACGGAGAGGGAGAGUAGCCUAAUAGGAAGAAAGGAGGGGGUGUUGUACUCUUCAUUUAACACUCAAAGAAGCAGGAAGCCUUUAUCGCUCCCCACAAUGACAUCUGAAAAGUGGAUUUCUGUUUGCUGUCAAGAGUAGCGCCCUGACCAACAAAAGGAAAAAACAACACAAACACACAAAGAGGUCGGUCCUACCCAAGAGAAGCAAAAUGUCUCGAACAGAAGAAGUUAACAAGAUGACGGAAAAUGUCUACAAGGGGAUUCUGGACCAGUUUAAUCCCAGUCUGAAGAACUUUGUUACUAUGGGGAAACACUAUGAGAGAGCCCUGACAGGAGUAACUGUGGCUGCCAAGGGGUACUUUGAUGCUCUGGUGAAACUGGGAGAACUGGCAAGUGACAGCCAAGGCUCCAAAGAGCUGGGAGACACAUUGUUUCAGAUGGCCGAGGUGCACAGACAGAUUCAGGUGCAGCUGGAAGAUGUGUUGAAGUUGUUUCACUCUGAACUGCUUGCCCAGUUGGAGCAGAAGCUGGAACUGGAUAUUAAAUACCUCACAGCCACCCUGAAGAAGUAUCAGAGUGAGCGGAGGUCUAAGUCUGAGUCUAUCGAGCGCUGCCAGUCCCAGCUGAAGAAGCUCCGCAGGAAGAGCCAGGGCAGUCGACACCCAAACAAAUAUGGAGACCGAGAGAUGCAGUUUGUGGAGUUGAUGAGUCGUCGUCAAGGUGAGCUGGAUGCGAUGGUUGCCACGGGUUACAAGUCUGCGCUCACUGAAGAAAGGAGACGAUACUGCUUCCUGGUCGACAGACAGUGUUGCGUAACCAAACUGCUCAUCAGCUACCACUCUAAGGUGAGAGAGCUUCUGUCGCAGAAACUGUCAUCAUGGCAGCUGUCCUGUUCUCAGCCCACAAGACUACCAGAGCGAGCUCUGAAUCUGCUGCGCCACACUGCGCCUCAAAGCUCAGGUGCUGCUGGGAUAGCCGAGGUACUCCGCCACACCAAGCUAGGCUCUGCUCAGCCUGAACAGAGGCUCUCUCUGCUAGAGAUCCCGACUAUGUUGAAUGGAGACUCCAGUCGCUCCCAGCAGCAACGCCAGCUCCCUUCCUCCUCUCAGAGUGAAACCUGUCCACCUCAGGGCUCCCCUCAGACUUUCUGCUCCUUCUCCUCUGGGGGAGCAGCCGGAGGUUCAUCACAGGGAGCGUCUCCUCAGCACAGCAGCACUCCCCUCGAUACAUCAGCCAGCCUCCUCCCUGAAAGCAGCACCAGCGGCAGCCCCAGCCCAGCUGCAUCCACUCCCACCCCAUCCAGCAGCUCUGGCCAGCAAGGCCCCCAACUAAUGACCACCAACACCACCAACCUCUCCCCGAGCCUCAUCCCAUCCACUGUGAUGUCACUCAGCCAGAUUUCCCCGACCAGCGGCUCCUUGCAUGGCAUGACCCUCCCCAUCACCCACAGUGCUCCUCACAGUCCUCCACUGCCCCACAGUGCUCCUCUUUCCAGGGCCAUGACUCCUGUGCAGCUCCUGCACCAACAGGUGGGACCAGGAGGGAGCAACACUUCAUCGCCGUCACACAUUCCCUGGAUGAAGACUUCUGACAUGAGUGCAACAGCAACACUGCCACUGCCGAGGAAACCCAACAGUGAAAUGAGGCUCGGAGGCUUUCAGGGCUCCAGUCUCCCUAGGAUUAUGCCUUUGUCUGGUCCUACACGUGUUGAAGCCUUGUUUGCCCACUCCCCUGGGGAGUCAGAGGGCGGUGGUGGCGGCAUUGGCGGAGCUUGCUUGCUGCACUUCCAGCAGGGUGACAGCAUCACCCUGCUCAUAUCUGAGGCCAGAGACGGAUGGCACUACGGUCAAAAUGAACGAACUGGACGGAAAGGCUGGUUCCCUUUUUCCUACACUCAGCCACAGCACAAUGUGAUGGAUCACCUCGAGAGCUCCCUCUUCCUCUCCAAGGCUAACAGCAACAGCACGGGCCAGCUCGACAAGCUUGGGUCUCAGGGUCCUGCAGCCCUCACACCAGAGUCAGAGGAGGAGCGGUCUCUUCCUCCCCAGAGGGUCAGCACCUUCCGCCCGCGCCCGUACAGCAUGGCCGACAGCAACAGGAUUACUUCAGCAUUUGCCUCCCCACCACCAUCCCCUACCAGGGUCAACCCGUUUGCUCACAUCCGACUCAGAAAAACUGUCACCAACGAUCGCUCGGCUCCCAUCAUCGAGUAAAAAUUGUAUUCGUACAGCAGCAAUCUUGCGUUCUGUGGUUUGUCAGGUCUUCAAACCUCAGGUUGAUUCCUGGAAACAACCCACGCAUGAGUUUUUUUUUUUUUUUUUAAAUAAUCAAAUAAAGAUUAUAUUUCUUGAUAAAAUGUUAAAUCAAAUUAUAAAAGGUGUAAUUGUAGAGAUCUGUUUUAAAUUUGAUUUCAGUCCAUUUAAAUUUGGAGUAGUUAAAAUGAAAAUAGAAUCAGAACCUCUUUAACAUCUGAAAACACCUGAGAGAAUAUGAGUAUGAAAAAUAUAGACUAGUUUAUGACAGAAGUUUUUGUCUGUACUUACCUGAGUGUUUGAGAUCUCCUUAACUCAUCAAGAAUAGCUAACAUUUUUAGGUUUUUCAUUGCCUAUGAAAGAUGCCUCUGACUUCUUUUACUUUGCUAUUUUUUUCUCAAAACUACCUUUAAUUUAGUUUUUUGGUUGUUUUGUGCCAUAUUUUGAAGUGUUCCUGUGUUUGGUUGAUCUAGGGACUGGCUCCUAAUAGCAGGUUGUGAACUUUCACUGUAACAAAGUGUUACAGGACAAGGACAGGCUCCUAUUCUAAAAGUGCUAUUACGAUAUUAUAUUUUUAGAUGUUAGAAAUGCUGCCAGAUUGUUGCAUUUUCUUGGUUUGAAUGAAUUUGAGUUUUGAAUUUAGUCAAAGUGUCUUUUCUAAUUCAAAAUGUGUUUUGGUUGAGAUGCUUUUCUGUAUUUCAAUGAAAUUAGCCAUGUUUAUUAUUUUGGUCAUUUCUACUGAAGCAUCACUGACGAUGGGCAGAGCUGUUCAAGUGAUGGAGUCCCUGUUGGUUAUAUCUUACAAGUUACUUCAAGUUACUGCGACAAUUUUUGCUGCUGCAAAGUUACUUAUAAUUAAAAGUAACUUAAAGUUAUUUUAACUAUUGAAUGGUUUAACCCUUCACUUGGCCUAAAAAAAAUCAUUGUGAAAAAAAGUAUUUCUUUAAAUGUGAUGUAUCAAACAUUCGAUUAAUGAGAUUCGUAGGUUCUCAGAUAGAUAGUUUUAAGACAGAGGAAGUUCUACAGAAAGUUUCUGAGCGCCACAGAAAACAACUGUAGCAAAGAAUAGCUGAAUGUUGAGAUUAUGGUAUUAUUGAAGAAGUGUUUAUUUCAGAAAGUUGCAUGUUGUGGAGGGUUAAAGUAAAAAGAGUGAGAGAUUUUCCUGAUUAGUCUUUGGAUUUGAUGUCGUCUUGAUUCCUUUUCAGUCCCAGAUCUAAAGCGAGACAACAUAUAGGCUAGUCGAGUGUUUACCAAUCAAAGUGAGUAGAAUCUGAAAGACAUGUGAAAGCCGAGACAGACAACAGGAUUUAUUUUCAUUUGGGAAAUGUUUUAAUGAAAGUGAUGAUGAAAGCAUACUGGGAAGUUGACCGGCGUCUGAGCAGGUGUUAAUGGUAAACUAGAGUUAUCCCAAGUAAUAUCCUGUAGCUCUAGGGGACUGUCAUUUUAAGGUGAAACUUUGUAUCUGUGCAAACUGAAAUGGUUUGUUCUUGUUGUAAUUACUUUGAGCUUCUGUGAUCUUUUAGCACCUUAAAGAUUUUAGAUAUCGCCCAGAGGGUUGUAGAGAAUCAUUUCUAACAGCAUUUAUAUACCUUUGAGUAGUAUGGCAUUAUUAAUAAAGCUGAAGGCUAGCAAACUGAUAGAGCUAAUGCUUAGUCCUGCUUGUAAAUAGGGCUUAAAACAUCUGUGAAUGUAUGACUUUUAUUUAACUUCUUUUUAGUAAUAGUAUUUCACUUUGGAAGAACGCUUGAACUUUGUUAACUUCGAAUACUGGGAGGCACAAACAGCUAUGAGAUGUGAAAACCACUUACAUAAAUAUACUUACAUAUAUAUACAUGUGUAUAGAAAAAUAAUACUCUGGGAUUACUGGGAAAUAUUUUGUACAAAAGAAUUUGUACAGAAGUACAUGACACUUAAAUUAAAACUAAAGAUGUCGAAUAUGCAUAGCAACAAGAAAUACAUGGCAAAAAUUAAAAAGCAAAUUAAUAGCUAGUAUUCAGAAUAUGGUAUGUAGAUGAAGGCACAAAAUGUACACAAGUAUUUUUGUAAUUGAUUGGUUGUGGGAGAACUGCUACGUAAAAAAGGAACAUAUCCAAAGUCUGAAUUUCCUCUUCCAAAGUAAAAUAUUGUUACUAUAUUGCACACACAUUAUACACAGUUCCACAGGUCUGUUAAAAAAAAAUGGACUAGUGGACUGUCGAUCUGUUCUCUGAGUUACAUCAGCAUGAGAUCCUGGUGACUUUAGAAGGUAUUUUAUUAUGAUGAAAACUGCUGGAGACAUUCUUCACCUCAAACACUGAACAUUUGUGUAAUGUGAAAUAAAGUUCUAAGGAAACAUUC